CAAGGCUAAAGCCAGAAGCUUUCCUCUGUGCCUGGGUCCCUUAAAAGCGGGAGAGCAAGCCCCAAGGAUCCCAGUGGAGUGCAGCCAGGAUGCAGGGCUGACAGAAAUGGGGAAGGAGGGACUGGCUUGAGCCCUGCAGAGAGCACAGCAGAGGAGGCUAGUGCUCUCCAGAGAGGUGUGACAGUAACCUAUGAAUCCUAAACCAGGUAUUCAGUGAUGCAGAUCUUCUAAAGAAACGUGAAACCAAACCCAAAAAGAAAUCACUGAGGGGGAAAAAGUGCAACAUGAGAGGUAAAAUGAAAAGGUGGCCCGUGGAGAAGAGCUGCUGGGAGUUGUGACAAGCUACAACACCAGAGGAUUGCUCACCAAAGGCAUUGGCUGAGCCUUCCAGCCAGCGCGUGCAGAGGCGUGGGUUCAGCAGUUGAGGAUGGAAGUGCUACGCCGUUCCUCAGUCUUUGCUGCAGAAGUGAUGGAGGUUUUUGACAGGUCUCCCACUGACAAGGAGCUUGUGUCCCAAGCCAAGGCUCUCUGCAGAGACUACAUAAACUCGAGGCUGAUUCGGGCAGGUGUCAGCUGGAGCAAACCCGAGUACAACGUUCCGGUGCCUGGGGGUAAGCUGGCCGAGGUGUCCACCAUCCUGCUGCGACUAGGGGACGAGCUGGAAUACAUUCGCCCCAACGUGUACCGGAAUAUCGCCCGCCAGCUGAACAUCUCACUGCACUCGGAGACAGUGGUGACCGACGCCUUCCUGGCAGUGGCUGCCCAGAUUUUCACCGCAGGCAUAACGUGGGGCAAGGUGGUGUCUCUCUAUGCCGUGGCAGCGGGGCUGGCAGUGGACUGUGUGCGGCACGCGCAGCCAGCCAUGGUUCACACCAUCGUCGACUGCCUGGGAGAGUUCGUCCGCAAGACCUUGGUGACAUGGCUGAAAAGGAGAGGAGGCUGGGCAGACAUCACAAAAUGUGUGGUGAAUACUGACCCCAGCCUUCGCUCCCACUGGCUCGUGGCUGCUGUUUGCAGCUUUGGUCACUUCCUCAAGGCCAUCUUCUUUGUCCUGCUGCCUGAGAGAUGAGUCCAAGUUGCCAAGUGCACCCCCCUGCCCCAUCUCCUCCCCCACUCCGCAAGCAACAAGUGACUGGAGAAGUAAUUCCAGAUUGGUAAUGGCAAUUUCUGAAGAGGAGGAAGAGAAGAACUGGGACAAACAAAAGGCUUGUUUUCCUCUGCCUUCAUCUAGGAGCAGAUCAUCAACCACUGUUGCUCCUUUUGCAGCCACAGGAGCCUCUCUGACCAUUAAUUCUUUCAAGAGUCUUGUUUCCCUGGGUAACUUGCAUGUGUGGCCUGGAUGUUGCCAGUCCCUGGGCAUGCUGAUGGCAGCCACGUGCAGCAUGGAAUGUCAGAUGUCUGUUCCUUACAGCUGUGUUGCACGGUUAUGCUAGUGCCAGGCAGAGGGGAGGAGGAAGGGAAUAUUAUUUGAAAUGGGAUAAGAAAAUAGAAGAGGGGGAGAGUCCCUCCUUCACUCCACGUGAUUCCCCUUUCAGUCCUCCGACUUGCCUUGUGUUAAUUCUUGUCGUUAGGUUUGUGCUUAAAGUUCAUCUCCUUUAUCCCUAACUGACUUGCUGGGCUCUGCCCCAGCACAGCAUGGUGGGUUUUUAACAGGAUAAAACCAAACACUUUGUCAACAAAUGCUUCUCCCUCACAUGAGUUGGAAAUCGUUCCGAGUAGCCGUGUGAGGGGCAGGAUGAGAAGGCAGUUGCACGUGAUGCAGCAUGACAGUGUGUUUUGUUGACCCCUCUUACACUCACACACCGUUCAAACAGGAGAGCGAAGGGCAACGCCUUCAAGCAACAACUCGGGAUGGAAUUUCAUCAUGAAGAGAAAUGGUUUUUCCACUGAGAUUUUGUUGGAGCUAAGCAUGUAAGUAGGAAAGGCCAGGGGGCGUGAGCAGAAAUAGGGAAACAGUAAGUGAACUGGCUGGCAUUGUGAAGGGGGUGACCUGUGGCAAAAGUAGCUGAUGUAUGUUUCUCUUUUAAUCUCUUUGGAAGUACAACUUGCAGUCUUCUUUGUGGCAAACAAUAAAAGAAAUAGGUGGUGUUUCACUAUUGCA